UUUUAAAACAAUUUUAAACCAAGGAGGCUCUAACCUCCUUGGUUUUACCUGCAACUCUCGAGUGUUCCCUGGUGGUCAGUAGUACAACGAAUAUAUUUCCGGUUUUAUGUGUGAAUGUUUUCAUUGUGAAGUUUUCUUCAAUGUUUUGCAAAUUGUUGUGUAUACGGUAAAUAAACUGUGAGUGAGCGUGUAGUUCUGUCAUGUUUCUUUAGUAAUUUAGGUGCGAUCGCGUACUUAAGCAUUAUUUUCUAUGCCACUCUGAUUUUCAACUCGAGGGACAGAAUUAUUUAUGAACUAUGUCAAAUUUAACAUCUUCUGAGCUGGAUCAGUAUACUUUAGUGAAAAGUGAACUUAAUAAAUUUAUACUGGAUGAAACUGGACAAGAUGCUCUGAGUUCCAUUGAUGAAAUUGUGUUGAGUUAUAUUACUGGAAUAUUGAAAUCAUUUGGAAGUUCAGGUUCACCAGAUGAUGCAUUUGAUGUAAAUGAAUUUGCAGAAAUGAUGAGUGCUUAUAUCCCAGCCUUUUCAAAUUUAAACAGCUCUCGUAUAUAUGACUGGAUGAUGUAUUUGUCUAGUUUUCUGGAAGAAAAUUCAAAUGAUACUGACAGAAGCAGUUAUGUGCUUGAAGAUGUAUUAUUUAGAUCUCUUGAAAAAGAAGUCCCUGUAUCUGAAGUUAAAAGUAAUUGUGAUAUAGUUCCAAAAAAUCAUCAAGCUUCUCAUUCUCGGCGGAAAUCAUACCAAAGUUCUCGUAGCUGUUCAAGUCAAUCAGAAGAUGAGGAAAAAUGUAUAAAUGUAAUUGGGUUUAGUAUGACUACUGAGUUAGAAACAUUAACUGAAAUGUUUCCUCACCUUCAUAUUUUGGAAGCAAAACAGUUUCUGUGCAUGGCAGAUGGAGAUUGUGAAAAAGCUGUGCAACUGAUAUUACAGAAAGAAGAGAGUGGUCAGCAAAUGAGUGAGUCUAUAGUAACCAAGAGUAUAGUACAGCACACAGUAUAUGGUCCUAAAGAGAAAGUUGUAGAAGAUAAGAAACUCAGAGAGCAGAUAUUAAAAAGGUAUGCUUAUAUUGAUCAAGAUGAUGAUAUAAGAGAACAUAAACCUGUAGCUCCAAAAACUGAGCCUAAGAAGUUAAUUCGUUAUCGGGAUAAUAAAAUUGUUAGCAUUAAAGGAGAGCGAUAUACAGAAGUAAAGAGUGAUGACACAGGUGAUGUAAAAGAAAAAAAGUGUCAUUGAAACCUGCCAGGAAAUAACAUUUCUAGUGAAGGUGAAUCUAAAUAAGUGAAGUAUAUCUUCUACAAAGAAAUACAGUGCACUGUGGUGCAUAUGCCAAAGUCUCUAUUUUCAUAUUAUUUGUGUUAUAUGACUGAAAUGUUCUGCAUAUUUCUCAAUAUUUAAAGAGUGACAGUAUCUGGGCAUAAUGUUUCAAAGACUUUACUUUGAAGUUUUAGCUCAGUAUAGCAUAUUCAAGAAUGAUGUUAAGUAUAGAGUUAGAUGCUUCUCAUGAACUUGCUGAGUUCAGUAAAGUACCUUGAAUAUGUUGAUUAGAUUGAAUAAGGAAGAAGCAUGUAUAUUCUAUGCUUAUUAUGCAUUCUUAAAACACAGAAAACUUUUCUGUAGUUUUAUUAAAAUUUUAUGUGAUACAAGACAAAAAUUUUAAUUUUAAAACAUGCAUUUGUUUUUAAAUAGUAGAAUUUUAAAUUUUUCUUGAUGUUUUUAUGCAUAUAUAGUCCUGAUCCUUAGAUGCAUCACACAUGUUAGUCAUGCCACCUUGAUAUUGCCCAAUUUCCAGCAAAUCUGAAGAAACGUUUCAUCAUUUCUAAAAUUGGAAUUGCAUAUAUUUCUAAUGAUGCGGUUAUUCAAAGUUUUUAUUAGGUAUGAGGUAUUUUCAGGAGUUAUUGAUUAAAUUUGUAUUUUUAUUAGAGCAUUUAAAGUAUUCCACACGUAAUUUGAAAUCCAAAAUUUUCAGGAAUGGAAUAAGUUAAGGCACACUACUUAAUUCACUUAUUUCCUUUAACUGUAUUUGUUAUAUCAAGUCACUGAAAAAUAUCCAUUACUUAUAUAAAGUGUAUUUUAAAAUGCAAAUGAAUGUGAUCUUUCAGUUUUAUUUAAUUUAACAAGCAUUUUAUUGCCCAAAAUGUUAUACUAUUCUUAAGUAUCUGUAUUAUCACAACAACAACAAAAAACAAAAAAAAAAUCCGUUCACUGCACCAUAUUUUGUGUACUCUGUACUUUCUGAUUGAAAUAUUGAGUUUUAUACUUUCAUACUUGUCAUGUUAUGCAUUUCUCAUAACUAUUCCAAAAUUUAAAUUAUCAAUAUUUUAAAAGAAAAUAAUUUUAACUUGGGGGAGAUAGUAAUUUAAACAACCUGCUAAAAUUUAUAAUAAUUUGUUGUUUUUUAUUUGAAAAAAUAUGGAUGCAUCUGAAACAUUUUGAAUCAGUAAAUGAAUUAAAUCCUUGUGUUGCAGCUUCCGUAUCAUAAAAGUUGUCACUUUAAUAUAUUUUUUCUAGUUCUUGACUAUCUUUCAGAGUACGUUAUGAAUAGCAUUUCAAUAUGUGUUCUUGUGUCUGCAGUAUUCUAACUGGUAUCACUAACAGUGGUUGAUUUAUCUCAGAAACAAGUCCUGUCAGAAAAACCUUUGAGGUCCAAAGCUUCAAGUGGAGCAUUUUCAUUUCAAAUGUUAAAUAUCCCUCAUAGCUAGCUGGGAUAUCAGUUGCCAGCAAAACAUGUUUCAGUUAAGAAUCCUCCAAUGGUAGAAGGAGAUACUCGUUUCUCAGAAAUUUUUCUCCUAGCCUUGCAUGUCAUUAGAUGUGAUAACCCCCAUUACAUGUAACCACUUCAUGAAUUUUUCACCAUCAUAUAUCAAAGAAUGAUAAAUUAAGUGAUAUGUAUCAUAUCAGUUCAUCCAUAUUCUGCUGAAAUUUUACUUUAGAACCUGUUGACAGUUCCCACCUAUGCAUCCCUGCCUUUUCUUUAAAAAAUUAGUAAUAAAGGAAGCAGGGAAAAGUACCAGAUAAUAUUUUUUUGUAUUAAAAGCGAAGUUCAAAUUAAUGUAUUUUUAGGUAACUUUAUUGUUUUAUCGUCACUGUUACAGUUAAAGACCUAGAUGUUUUCAAAAUAAAUAUUUGUGUAUUACUACUUUAAAAAUUUAAUUUAUGAACCAAAGAGGCUCUCAUUAAUUGAAUUGGGAUUGUGUAUUUUAAAUGCAGGUAAAGCACUGAAUAUGAUGGAAUUGAUGAAAUGAAAGCAUGCAUGAUUCACUUUUGAAGUGUUAUAGGAGGAUGAGAAUCCUUGUUACUAAUUAAAGCUUUUUCUGCUGUCAUGGCAUUGUAUACUCAUACUUUUUAGUUCUGAGCAAAAUUACUAUGCUGAGAUAAAUCACUUAUACAAUUCUCCCCUCCCCUUUUUUUUUUUUUUUUU